CAGAUAUUUAACUGCUUUCCUCGCAUCUCGUCUUUUCUUGGCCUACAUAAUAAAGUUGAGCAAAACAUAAAGGAGCUUUGUGAGUUUAUUUUAAAACGCAUCAAAUAUCAGAAGAAGGAGUUUGAUACAAAUGCUGUCUCUGGAUAUAUUGAUGCAUAUCUUAUGAAGCAGGAGUCAGCCAAAGCUGAAAAGUACUUUGAUGAUGAAAAUCUGGUGCACUCAGCUCUGGAUCUCUUUGCAGCUGGGACAGAAACAACAUCAACAACACUACGCUGGGCUAUGCUGUUGAUGAUGAAGUACCCAGAAAUACAAAAAAAGGUUCAAGAAGAAAUCAGGACACAUAUUAAACAAGGUCAGAUGCCUACAGUGGAUGAUCGGAGGAAUAUGCCUUAUACUGAAGCAGUGAUACAUGAAAUUCAGAGGUUUGCUAAUAUUGUUCCUCUGAAUUUGUCACACGCAACUUCAAGUGAUGUGUAUUUUCGGGGAUACUGCAUACCAAAGGGUACAGAGGUCAUCCCUUUCCUUACAUCUGUUUUGUAUGACAAGACUCAGUGGAAGACUCCUUAUGAAUUUAACCCAAAUCACUUUUUGGAUGCUAACGGGAAGUUUGUAAAACAAGAAGCAUUUAUGCCCUUCUCUGCAGGAAGAAGGGCUUGUGUUGGAGAAAGUUUAGCCAGAAUGGAACUUUUCCUGUUUUUUACUGGCCUUCUGCAAACCUUCACUUUCUACCCACCUCCUGGAGUCUCCAGAGAUGAUAUAAGUCUGAAGCCUGGCACUGGAUUCACUUUAAUCCCUUUGCCACACUUAGUAUGUGCGAAGCUAAAUUACUAA